AUGGCAAGAAUGACGCUUGCGUUUCUGGUAUCGCUGGUUGCGUACCUCGCCUAUUACGCUCUUACCAGUGACGCUCAAGCGGUAGGUUCACUAGUUCGUAAUCCCGGACCGGAUGGUCUUUCUGGAUCCGGUUCGUCCUCGUCGGCCGUCUCCUCACUGGACGCCAUUGGUAAUGGUCGCCCGGACAAACUGCCAAGCGCCCGCAUUAGACGACCGAUAGGAUAUCGUGAACGAACUACCCGCCUGUUCGGGAACAGUUUCCCCGGGAACCAAGCAUAUCAAGCGUAUCGAAGAAUUCCACCAGGAGCACCCGAUCAAGCAUCCGUGGCUGAUGAUGGACUACAGAUUGGCGCCGACAGUGGAAAGCCGGAGCCCAGGAUUUACUUCCACGCCGGAUACAGGGGCGACGCAGGAGGAUCUUUUCUGGACGAUAACGACGAUGGCGGCGAUGGUGAUAUCGUGAAGCGCUUCGAUGACUACGGUCACAUGCGCUUCGGAAAGCGUGGCGGUGAGGGCGACCAGUUCGACGAUUACGGCCACAUGCGAUUCGGGCGAUAAGCAGUGACCAGUGUGUGUUUUAUACCGAUAUCUUCAGGAUCAGGGGUCAGGUUCAGUGGUUUGCGAUGCACUUUUUCAUAGCACAACAUGUGGUUCAUGGUGUUACCAUCGUCGACGCUUCUCUUUGGCUGGAAA